CAACGUGAAUUGAUGUACCCCCAACAAGACUUGUCAAUAAAGAGUCAUGGCGGUGUCAGAGAUGCUUAAAACUUUACUUUAUACCGUCAAUCACCUUUUGCAACAAGAAAAAUACAAAGCAGCUCUGGCUAUUCUCAAAGGCUUCCGAAAUGGUGCCGUAUAUGGAGCUAAAAUCAGAGCACCACAUGCAUUUGUCAUGACUUUUUUAUUCCGGAGUGGAAGUUUGGCGGAGAAAUUCCGAGCCAUUUGGAAGGCCACCUACACGCACUCGCGCAACCUGGCGUACUUUGUGUUGACGUACAAGGGACUGCAGGCCUUGCAGCAGAAAUUCCAGGGCCGCAGUUUGCAGUCUCACUCCUUCCUGGCCGCAUGCGUCGGAGGAUGGUUGGUGUUUGGUGACAACAACAACAUCAACAGUCAGAUCAACAUGUACUUGCUGUCCCGAAUCCUGUCGGCCCUUUGGCGUCUGGCCGUGGAAAAAGGAGUGAUCCCGCAGCCUAAACGAGACCCCUUCCCGCUUUUUGCCACCCUGGUGUGGGGGGUGGUCUUGUGGCUUUUCGAGUACCACCCGCACACCUUGCAGCCGUCGCUGCAGUCAUCUAUGAACUACCUCUACCGCGACAGCAACGUGUGGCACGACAUCUGGGAUUUUUUGAUCUACAACAAGUCCAGGACAGCUGUUCCAAAGUGAACAUUUUACGUGACUUACGCAGGACACGAUGCGGUGCCAUUUAUGAAUUGAAGAUGUAUAUACGUAAUUGAUGUGAUACGUAUGAAUGCCACACAAUAAAUAAAAGCACUAAGCCUUU